CCAUAAUGUAUUUUAUUUCCAGCAGAUGGACACACAAGCAGGAAUAUCUCAGAAGGACAUCUAAUGUUAUCCCCGGAUUGUGACAUAAAAGAUAAUGACAGUAGACAGGAUUCUCCAGGAGCUAACCCCAUUACCCCAAUUAUACAUCCAGCUCUGUCAGCUGAUCCCCCUGAUCCUGGUGAAUGUUCUCCUGAUCACUCUGAUAUUGGUGCAUCUGUUACAGCUCUGACAGUAGAUACAGUGUUUCCGUGUUCUGUAGAUGCCAAAUGUUUUACACAGAACACAAAGCCUAUUAACCCACACACAGGUAAGGUAGGUGAAAGGCCACUGAUAUGUCCAGAGUGUGAGAAAUGUUUUACAUACAAAUCAGAUCUUGUUAUACAUCAGAAAAGUCACAUAGGUGAGAAGGCAUUUCCAUGUUCUGAGUGUGGGAAAUGCUUUGCACGGAAAUCAUGUCUUGUUAGACAUCAGAGAAGUCACACAGGUGAGAAGCCAUUUCCAUGUUCUGAGUGUGGGAAAUGUUUUACACAUAAAUCAGAUCUUGUUAAACAUCAGAGAAGUCACACAGGUGAUAAGCCAUUUCCAUGUUCUGAGUGUGGGAAAUGUUUUACACGGAAAUCAGAUCUUGUUAUACAUCACAGAACUCACACAGGUGAGAGGCCAUUUCCAUGUUCUGAGUGUGGGAAAUGUUUUACACGGAAAUCAGAUCUUGUUAUACAUCACAGAACUCACACAGGUGAGAAGCCAUUUCCAUGUUCUGAGUGUGGGAUAUGUUUUGCACACAUAUCAAAUCUUGUUAUACAUGAGAGAAGUCACACACAUGAGAAGCCAUUUUCUUGCUCUGAGUGCAGGAAAAGUUUUACCUGGAAAUCCCUACUUGUUAUACAUCAGAGAAGUCACACAGAUGAGAAGCCUUUUCCAUGUUCUGAGUGUGGGAAAUGUUUUGCAAACAAAUCAGAUCUUGUUAAGCAUCAGAGAAGUCACACAGGUGAGAGGCCAUUUCCAUGUUCUGAGUGUGGGAAAUGUUUUGCACACAAAUCAGAUCUUGUUAGACAUAACAGAAGUCACACAGGUGAGAAGCCAUUUCCAUGUUCUGAGUGUGGAAAAUGUUUUACACAGAAAUCACAACUUGUUAUACAUCAGAGAAUUCACACAGGUGAGAAGCCGUUUUCCUGUUCUGAGUGUGGGAAAUGUUUUUCAUGGAAAUCAGAUCUUGUUACACAUCAGAGAAGUCACACAGGUGAGAAGCCAUUUUCAUGUUCUGAGUGUGGGAAAUGUUUUACACAGAAAUCAGCUCUUGUUACACAUCAGAGAAGUCACACAGGUGUGAAGCCGUUUUCCUGUUCUGAGUGUGGGAAAUGUUUCGCAUUUAAAUCAGUUCUUGUUAUACAUCAGAGAAGUCAUACAGGUGAGAUGCCGUUUUCCUGUUCUGAGUGUGGGAAAUGUUUCGCAUUUAAAUCAGUUCUUGUUAUGCAUCAGAGAAGUCACACAGGUGAGAAGCCGUUUUCCUGUUCUGAGUGUGGGAAAUGUUUCGCAUUUAAAUCACAUCUUUUUCCACAUCAGAGAAGUCACACAGGUGAGAUGCCGUUUUCCUGUUCUGAGUGUGGGAAAUGUUUCGCAUUUAAAUCAGUUCUUGUUAUACAUCAGAGAAGUCACUCAGGUGAGAAGCCGUAUUUCUGUUCUGAGUGUGGGAAAUAUUUUGUAUGGAAAUCAGAUCUUGUCACACAUCAGAGAAGUCACACAGGUGAGAAGCCGUAUUCCUGUUCUGAGUGUGGGAAAUGUUUUGCACAGAAAUCAAAUCUUGUUACACAUCAGAGGAGUCACACAGGUGAGAAGCCGUAUUCCUGUUCUGAGUGUGGGAAAUGUUUUGUACGGAAAUCAGAUCUUGUCACACAUCAGAGAAGUCACACAGGUGAGAAGCCGUUUUCCUGUUCUGAGUGUGGGAAAUGUUUUGCACAGAAAUCAAAUCUUGUUACACAUCAGAGGAGUCACACAGGUGAGAAGCCUUAUUCCUGUUCUGAGUGUGGGAAAUGUUUCGCAUUUAAAUCACAUCUUUUUCCACAUCAGAGAAGUCACACAGGUGAGAUGCCGUUUUCCUGUUCUGAGUGUGGGAAAUGUUUCGCAUUUAAAUCACAUCUUUUUCCACAUCAGAGAAGUCACACAGGUGAGAUGCCGUUUUCCUGUUCUGAGUGUGGGAAAUGUUUCGCAUUUAAAUCAGUUCUUGUUAUACAUCAGAGAAGUCACUCAGGUGAGAAGCCGUAUUUCUGUUCUGAGUGUGGGAAAUAUUUUGUAUGGAAAUCAGAUCUUGUCACACAUCAGAGAAGUCACACAGGUGAGAAGCCGUAUUCCUGUUCUGAGUGUGGGAAAUGUUUUGCACAGAAAUCAAAUCUUGUUACACAUCAGAGGAGUCACACAGGUGAGAAGCCGUAUUCCUGUUCUGAGUGUGGGAAAUGUUUUGUACGGAAAUCAGAUCUUGUCACACAUCAGAGAAGUCACACAGGUGAGAAGCCGUUUUCCUGUUCUGAGUGUGGGAAAUGUUUUGCACAGAAAUCAAAUCUUGUUACACAUCAGAGGAGUCACACAGGUGAGAAGCCUUAUUCCUGUUCUGAGUGUGGGAAAUGUUUCGCAUUUAAAUCACAUCUUUUUCCACAUCAGAGAAGUCACACAGGUGAGAUGCCGUUUUCCUGUUCUGAGUGUGGGAAAUGUUUCGCAUUUAAAUCAGUUCUUGUUAUACAUCAGAGAAGUCACUCAGAUGAGAAGCCGUAUUUCUGUUCUGAGUGUGGGAAAUAUUUUGUACGGAAAUCACAUCUUGUUACACAUCAGAGAAGUCACACAGGUGAGAAGCCGUUUUCCUGUUCUGAGUGUGGGAAAUGUUUUGCACAGAAAUCAAAUCUUGUUACACAUCAGAGGAGUCACACAGGUGAGAAGCCGUAUUCCUGUUCUGAGUGUGGGAAAUGUUUUGUACGGAAAUCAGAUCUUGUUACACAUCAGAGAAGUCACACAGGUGAGAAGCCGUAUUCCUGUUCUGAGUGUGGGAAAUGUUUUGCACAGAAAUCACAUCUUGCUACACAUCAGAGAAGUCACACAGGUGAGAAGCCAUUUUCAUGCUGUGAGAGAAAUAAAUCCGCUCUUGUUGAACACAUUAGACAUUACCCAAGUACGGAACCAUUUACAUCUUCUGGAGUAUAAUUAUCACUGUCGUCCAAUGUUCCUCAAGGUUGAAUCCUAUCUCCUAUGCUUUAUAAAAUAUACAUGCUAGCACUGGGUGAUAUAAUCAGACGUCAUGGCCUGGUCUACCACUGAUAUGCAGAUGACCUGCUUUUUGCUCCAUGUACUGAGAACCUAAUACCAGUCCUAAAUGGUUGUCUAGCUGAGCGCCAGGGGUGGAUGAUGCCAGUUGGCUGUGACUCAGUCUUUGUGAAACAUAAUAGAAGCUCACCAACAAAAGACAAGACUACAGCUUUACCAACCAUCUGGAUUUAUGCUUUGGUGUUCAGAAUUGCAAAAUACUGAACAUGUGCUGAAUCUUUGUGUUGUCCUGGUUUGUGGCUGACACAGACAUCAGGUAUCUGCCACAUACAAAUCCUCAUUCUUCCAUCUGUGGACCAUAGCCAGAAACAAGCUCUUGAUUCCCUCAGAAGUUCAUAGACUACUGCAAUGCCAUCUACCUGGGUCACCCAGCAAAAUAAUUACAGAGCUUGCAGAUAGUACAUAAUGCAGCAGCCAAGCUGUUACCUAACCAGCCCGUUCCUGCCACAUAACACCCAUUCUCUACUCCCUUCACCGGCUGCCUGUAAGAUGACAAAUCUAUUUCAUAAUUGGCUAACUGACCUUCCCAGCCCAACAUUACAUGGUCCAAGGUACUAGAAGCAGCUCCUGCCUCCUUACUGCCCUGCUUGCUUGCUUCUACAGAUGAAGGACUGUUACCGACAGUACCAAGAAUCUCCUGUCAUUCAUUUAUGGGUUGAACUUUAGCUUUGCAGCCUUGACCAUGGAACUCACUGCCUUGCACAGUCCAAGAGGCCUGCACUCUAGAGACCUUCACAUUAAUGUACCUCUAUUUCUCAUACGUCCUAGAGGAUGCUGGGGAUUCCAAAAGGACCAUGGGGUAUAGACGCAUCCGCAGGAGCUUGGGCACACUGUAAAGACUUAAACUGGGUGUGAACUGGCUCCUCCCUCUAUGCCCCUCCUCCAGACCUCAGUUAGACUUUGUGCCCAGGAGUGAUGGGUCACACACUAGGGGAGCUCUACUGAGUUUCUCUGAAAGACUUUAUGUUAGGUUUUUUAUUUUCAGGGAGACCUGCUGGCUACAGGCUCCCUGCAGCGUGGGACUGAGGGGAGAGAAGCAGGACCUACUUCUGUGAGUUUCAAGGCUCUGCUUCUCGGCUACUGGACACCAUUAGCUCCAGAGGGUUCGAUCACUUGGUGCGCCUAGCUGCUUGUUCCCGGAGCCACGCCGUCAUUCCCCUCACAGAAGCCAGAAGAAAGAAGUCGGGUGAGUAUUGGAAGAA